UUAACUGUCUACACUUUGAAGUAAAGCAACUGUGUGAGUCAGAUGUACUAUCACGUUCAGGUAUUACUGAAUCGGAUCUGAUUGUUAAGAUCAGAUCUCGUGAAGAUAAGGCUUUCUUCCAUAAAUGUGCGCAUAAUCAUCAGCCACCUGUUCACUAACAGUGUCUGUUACAGUUCUUUUACAAUAUGAAGAUCACAAGCUCCUCCCCGUGAACUUUGGAAAGGCUUUUGUUGCUGCUGCUCGACAUUCACAAGUCACCUUCUUGUCGUCUCGGCCACAAAGAGAACAUCACAAAAGUAUGUUUAGUGUCGGGAUCCUGCUGUUCCUCCUCCUGUCCGGGGGGAGAGCGUUCAUGAUCUACAACACCCACCACAGCCUGUGUCUGGAGGACUCAGCAACAAGUCCUGUCCUGCUGAAGAGGUGCAACCCGGACUCUGAGUUCCAGCAGUGGGUCUGGAUCGGUCAGGGAAUGUUGAUGUGUAUCGGCUCGUCCAGGUGUUUGUCAGCGCAGCAGAUGAAGCCAGUCUGGACCAGGUCCUGUGGGGGGCCAGAUGGGGAUGCUGCAGGGUUAAUGUGGGACUGUGACAGGGACAGACUCAUGAGCAGGAACAUGUCAAUGCUGCUGGCAGUGGACGGCCAACACCUGACUCUGAGUCUAAAGAGCAAACACUCAAAGUGGAAGUCUUUGGACGAGGGCGACAUCUGCCAAGAAAAGCUCCGACUCAGGAGGGCCUCUGCUGAUCCAGACGAGUUCGCUGAGGAGCAUCCAGAUGAGAUGGAGGGCAUGACAGAAGAAACAAAAGCGUAUCUCCGCUGGUUUCAUCGCACAGAGGACCCAACCACAUGGAAGUUUGUGCUGCUGGGACUGUCUUUCGUCUGCCUUCUUGUUGGUUUUCUGCUGCUGGGGAUGGGAGCCAUGGCCAACAAGAACAGAAAAAAGAUAGCUAAGUACAAGGCAGCGGCAGCAGCGUCAUCCCCAAAUGAGAGGCUGGAGAUGACCUCACUCCACAAAGAUGAUAGCAACUGCAAACCCUCACCGCCAUCUCCUGGCAACGGAGAAGUGGAACCGCUCAGGGCGGGAAAAAUUGUGGUCACGUGGAAAGAUGGCAACACCUCCUGCCUGUACCCGGAUCCUGAAGAACAGAAGGAGGAGGAGGAGGGGAAGAAAGAGGAGGAGGAGGAGAAGAAACAGUCACUGGAGUCAGAGGCUGAGAUGUACACUCAAGAUGAAGUGAAGACGGUGGAGUGAAGUGUUGAGAUUACAGAUUCAAUGACAAUCUCAACAUUUGACCCAAUUCAUAGUACUUCUGUAGAGAAAUUUGAUUAGACACAAUGACAUUACAGUUCAUUUGCAGCACUUAAGUCUUUGUUUUUUAAAGGAUCUGUCUAAUCUGUAUUUUGUAAAAUAUACUAAUUCGCUUUCUUACUCUACAGCUCAGUUGCAUCCAGUUUUAAUAUGUAAACAAGAGUAACACACCAUUUUUCACAGUUUUUUUUAUUAACAGUGUCAGUUUACAGCCUUAUGGAGUCUUGUUGUGGCAACGUACCAUUAUAAUACUGAAAACUGUGCUCAUUGAAGUAUCUGAAGCUCCCACUGUAACUCAGCAGUCGAUACAAUGGUAAAUCACCAAUAAAUAAUCUGUCCUCCUGA